AUGUCUCACGAUGACACCAACACUGCCUUCAUCUCUCCAGGAAAGAAAUACAUUGCCAUGGUUGAAGUUGUCAUCUUCUCAGUCAUCCAGCUGGCCCAAUUUAUCAUGCGGUAUAACCAGGAAUGGCUCUACUGGCACCAUAGACAACGGAAGCGACCUGCACGGUGCUUCUUCUAUUCCUGGUGGGGGCUUCUAGGCCUAUUGGCCCAGAUCCGAAUCGCCGGUUCGGCCAUGGUGAUCUCAAACCCCAGUCCAAACCAGCCGAUGCUCAUAGCAGAAUCCGUCCUGGAAAGCAUUGGUCUUUCGCCUCUGUUGUUUGAAGUGAGCCUCGUGCUCCUCCGAAGUGGACAAGCAGGUCGCACUGGCCCCGGCAAUUCCCGUUACCCCAAGCAUAUCCGAUUUCUCCUGCAUUUCUUCAGAUUUCCAGUCAUACUUUCCUUAGACGUGGUGGUAGUGGGGGAGUGUACUGGCAUUCGUGACUGCAUGUAUGCAGGAGCAGCCGUGUUCGUCGCCACAUUCUGGUUCGUGUGUGGCCUUGUGAUGUGGCUGGCGGUUGUCUACCGUUCCAUUCUCUCAGCUGCCGGACUAAGCUGUGUGUUGAUUGUGAUGGGCGCUCUUCCUUUUCUAAUGGUCAGAGUGGCAUUUUUCCUGCUAGGGGAGUUUGGGCCACAGAAGUUCAGCCCAAUGGACGGCAGCGAGGGUAUCAUGGUGGGCAUGGGACUAGUGAUGGAGGUUUUCGUUGUUAUCAUUCUGCUGUUGGCUCGUGCCGUAGCAGAGCCCUUCUGGCCUGUGACCCAAGCUCGGACUGACUCAGAAGCCUGA